CUCCUAUAAAAGCUGGUCUCGGAGCGUCUAGCCGCCACAAUCUCUUCCUGUUUCCAGCGCAGCUGUUGUUGCUGGGACUGUAGUGGCCCCGAAGAUGGCGUCUACCAGCCGUUUGGAUGCUCUUCCAAGAGUCACAUGUCCAAACCAUCCAGAUGCAAUUUUAGUGGAAGACUACAGAGCUGGUGAUAUGAUCUGUCCUGAAUGUGGUCUGGUUGUAGGUGACCGGGUUAUUGAUGUGGGAUCUGAGUGGAGAACUUUCAGCAAUGACAAAGCAACAAAAGAUCCAUCUCGAGUUGGAGAUUCUCAGAAUCCUCUUUUGAGUGAUGGAGAUUUGUCUACCAUGAUUGGCAAGGGUACAGGAGCUGCAAGUUUUGAUGAGUUUGGCAAUUCUAAGUACCAGAAUCGGAGAACAAUGAGUAGUUCUGAUCGGGCAAUGAUGAAUGCAUUCAAGGAAAUUACUACCAUGGCAGACAGAAUCAACCUCCCUCGAAAUAUAGUUGAUCGAACAAAUAAUUUAUUCAAGCAAGUGUAUGAACAGAAGAGCCUUAAGGGAAGAGCUAAUGAUGCCAUAGCUUCUGCUUGUCUGUAUAUUGCCUGUAGACAAGAAGGAGUUCCUAGGACAUUUAAAGAAAUAUGUGCUGUAUCACGGAUUUCUAAGAAAGAAAUUGGUCGAUGUUUUAAACUUAUUUUGAAAGCUUUAGAAACAAGUGUGGAUUUGAUUACAACUGGGGACUUCAUGUCCAGGUUCUGUUCCAACCUUUGUCUUCCUAAGCAAGUUCAGAUGGCAGCUACACAUAUAGCCCGUAAGGCUGUGGAAUUGGACUUGGUUCCUGGGAGGAGCCCAAUCUCUGUGGCUGCAGCAGCUAUUUAUAUGGCUUCACAGGCAUCAGCUGAGAAGAGGACCCAAAAAGAAAUUGGAGAUAUUGCUGGUGUUGCUGAUGUUACAAUCAGACAGUCCUACAGGCUGAUCUACCCUCGGGCUCCAGAUCUGUUUCCUCCAGAUUUCAAAUUUGACACCCCAGUGGACAAACUACCACAGCUAUAAAUUGAGGCAGCUAAUAUCAAACUCUUAUGUACACAGAACUUUGCCUAUUGUACAUAGCCUGUUCAACAUGCUGGGUUGAGCCUUUAAUGAGGAAACAUGUGGUACGCAUUCCAGGGCUAAAUAUUAUUGCUUAGCAUUCUGUAUGUAUAUACUAGUGCAACAUAUUUAAUGAUUUAAAUUUCUUACUGAAUUUGCUUUCUUUUGUAGUGAUCUAGGAAACUGUAUUUUGGAAGAUACUGAAAUUAUGUAAUUCUUGAAUAAAACAUUUUUCAAAACUAAAUUUUUUGUUACAAUUACAUGUUAUAUUAAUUUAUAAUAUAUAAUUUUAAAUAAUGCAUAUCAUUGCAAUUGAUAGAGGUCCUUAAUUAUUUUUCAUUAUUUUUCUCCUAUAUAAGGUUUUUUUAAUUUUAAUAAAGUCAUGGAAAUGGAAAAAGCUUUUGAGAACCCUUGUUAACAUUUAUAACAUUUAGUUUGUAGUUUGAAAGGACAUGGUGUGUGAGAGGUUUAUUAGUAUAUGUUAAAAACCAAGAGCUGGACCUUGCAAGGCACCAGUGUGAGAAAUGUAAACUCUUUUUCUUAGUGAACUUAUCAGAAAUGAUGAUGCUAUUAAGAAAACAACAAUAGCAGAUCAAAAGAUUUUAGUUUGGGAUGUUAAUUUUUCAUUUCAUAAAAUUCACAUGUCUGCAAUUCUUUUUUAUUCUUUGUUCUGCUUAUUGGGACACUUAUGGAGUAAUGGGUCUUUAAAAUGAAGAUAACUGGGUCCUGGGAGUGUGCAGGAGUUUUUAAAUGGUCACUGCUAGGUGAUUGUGAUAUGGUAGGUAUUCUGCUUAUUCUUCUUUAGAAUGAAUUGGUUGAGGGUCUCUUGACUUCCAGGCACUGUAAAGGAAGACAAAUGAAGUGUUGCUGUUUACCCACUAGGCAGUGUGUACAGGGAACUUGAAUCUAUGAUAGACAAUCACUUAUGUAAACUAUUUCUCUGACAACAGGUGCUGUGAUUCUCACAUAUCUGAAUGGACAUUAGCACUAGACGUGGCCUGAUGAUUGGGUUCACACCUUAGUCUGUAAAGAGACUUAUUCCCUUUGAAGAUCAGACUUUCACACUGUGCUCCUGACCAUAGGAGGAGGAUGGUGAUUGGGACCAUGAAAACAAAUGAUAUUUUUCCCCUGGACAAAAUGUAGGAUACUCAAUACUGCUUAAAAGCAGUGGAGAACACCAGAGAAGUAAACACCAGGAGUACCAUAAUCUAUAUACAGGAUUACAAAUCUAAUGAUGAAAUUUACACUCCAGGCCAAUAGAACUCAUCCCACCCAAAGUGAGACCCAAGAAGGAAUCUGAAAUGUGUCUCCUUUUUCAAUAUCCUCUUUGAUCCUCAGCACCUUUCAUCCCCACACACCUCUAGCAUUGCCCUCAGGUGUUCAAUAGGCUCCAGUGACCCCAGUUCAGUGAAGACUGCAAACUGCAACCCAACUAGAUCUCAAGACAGUUACUUUUGCAAUUAUCAAAGGUCAGUACAUAUACAUUAUAGAAGAUUUGAAAAGUAAAAUACCUAUAAAUAACUUUUUUUUUCUUUUUCAGCUGUUUUGCAUUAUUUUUUAAAACAGUUAAUUCAGGUGUGGUAAUAAGACCUUUUACUCUUUUUCAUUUUUCCUGGUUAAUAAAUGUAUUUAUUAGGUAGUGAAAAAAAUGCAGAUAAAGGAAAAUAAAAAGCCAACUCUGCCACUCAAAUAUGUCAGC